AUGUUUUCCAGUGGUUCUGGAAAUAAAACAAAGAGAAAAUCAUUUUUUCUUUUUGGAAGUGAUAUAAAAACUACAUCAAAACCACACCAACCCCAAACUUUAUCUACUACUCACACCCACCACAAAAAGAUUGAACCGGCGUCCAUUAAUGAAAGUCGCACCCAUAGUGGCAGCAAUCAUCCAAGUGGUAUAACUAAAUCUGUAUCUUUAUCCUCAAAACCAACAAAUAAUUCUAUAAAUAAAACUGUUCAUCCACGCACAGCAUCGAUAAGUACCACUCCUGAUGUGGAACCUACAGGACCUAUAAUUAAACCUAGAGAGAGAGUUAAGCGUCCACCGCCACCCGUGGUAAAUAUGGACGAAAUUCGAUUAUCGACUGAAAGAGUCAGAUCAACCAAUAUUGGAAACGACGCAACCACUAUCGAAUCGCCACUCUCUAAAACUAAUGAAAAAAGAAAAGAUACUAGAAAUUUGUUAUCGAAAGAUACAAUGCUUAACGAAAAUCAUAAUAGCGGGAUAAGUCUCAUAGAAGAGGAGGUAAUGCCUAACACUUCAGAAAAUGGGAAUAUAUAUCAACAUAAAAGAGAACGAUCGAAAGCUGAAGAGCUUGUGGAUGAUAUUGAUAUCUAUCUAAAAUCGUAUAAGGAGAGUUCAAAAUCACCUGGUCCAUACCAAAUAGAUCCAAGUGAAAAUGUAAUUGCUCGAGAUGUUGAGGGGAAUAACGAAGAGUUUAUUUCUGAAAAGUCGAUGAUCAUCCAUAUCCCAAGUAACGAUACCGUUGAUGAGGUAAGCCCACUAGAUUUUAAUACUAAUCUAAAAAAUAUCCCAAAAUUAUACGAUAGCUCUGAUGAAAACACUGAUGACGGUGCUGAUAAUACUUCUUUUCAACGUCCAAUGAUAUCCGAUAACGCCCUUUUAAAUAGCGUUGAGAAACAGGAUAAUUUUUCGUUUACUGGGUCACGUAGUGUUAUCUCUUCAGAGGGUUCAUCUCUUCCAGACCAAAUGUCUGUUUCUGCUAAUAUUAUAGAUGUCGCCUCAGUUAAUGGAUAUCAAAGGAAAAAUAAUAACCCAUUCAUAGCAAAUACAGAAUCUUCUCCAGAAAUAACACCACCUCCUUUAAGGAUAGCCAAUACAGGCCCACCUAGUCCAGUAUCUUCGACAUCAUCUGAUGAAUACAUUUUGAAUUAUGGAGACGAAUCUAGAAAUUCAAGGGCUGUCUCAACUGAACAAAAUGUAGAUUUAGAGCCUCGUCGCCAUUUUAGAGUUGUAAAUGAAGAUCGUCCUACAUUUUACGCACCUGCUGAUGAAGAUAGUGAUUCUUCUUCUUUUUUAUCAAGAACAUAUUCUCCAGAUAAUCCAGGUAGUGUACCUGAUAUUCCUGAAACUUAUUCAACUCCUGUAGAAUCAUUGACACAGCAGGGUUCCAUAGUGGAAAGUAUGACUGGGACAUCUGAUAGCAGGAUGACUAGUUCCAUCGAUUUAACUUCUUCUGAGUAUCAGGUACCAAACAAUGUCCAUUCAUUGCAUACAGAUUUAUUGGGUUCACGUGAUGGAUUAGAAAGUAUUAAUAACAGCAGUAUUAGUAAACUACCGGAAACCCCUAAUUCAAAAAGUACUCGAAGUGAGUCACCUGUACAUGAUAGAACUUUAAAAUCAGAAAAGCCAGCAAGAUUGGUUUCUAGUUAUGUUGAAGAAUUAAGAUUGAAAUAUUAUAAAACCUCGAAUUUCCUAGAGGCACCACCUAAUUUACCCGCUUCCCUUAAACAGAAGAAUAAUCUUAUUCAGCCAAAGAAUAUCAGAGUUGCUAUUAGAACAAGUUCUAAGCAGGUUGGUAUAAAACAUGGUAGAGUUAAACAGAAGUUACUUACUUUAGAGACAAACACGGAUGAUAACAAAUCUCUUGGGAGCUCGAAUAUUGGUGCUAUUGAUCACACUAAAGAAUUUCACAAACUGCUAGGCAAAGAAGAUACAGUUCCUGAGGAGGACGAAAAUGGUACAGAAGAAUAUUUGAAUGAAAUUCCAGGUGAUGAAGCUUACGAUAGUGAAGAUUGUAUGGCUCCACUUAGAGAAAAGAAGAAUAUCUCAAAACCUAGCGAUGUCACAAGAAGUAAUACAACCGUUAGUUACUACACUAAACUACAGAACCGUCCAAGGAGCGGUACAGUUGAUAAAAUGAAAUCCUAUAAUUAUAAACUUCCUACAAACAUCCUUGAUGAAUAUAAUGCGAAUCAAGAAAAGAAGAAUGAGGCAAACUCAACAAAGAGAACAGCUUCGACAAAGAGUUAUGAUUCCACCGCAUUCAUGGAUAGUUACUUACCUGAUGGAGGGCUCUACGUCGCUAAUCCGGAAUCUGAAGAGGAGUAA